GAAGCGGGGCGACCGGGUCCCCCGGGAUUACCGGGACCAGGGGCUACAGGUGCGGUGAGCGCGGCUACCUACAGCACGGUGCCACGCGUCGCCUUCUACGCCGGCCUAAAGAACCCUCACGAGGGCUACGAGGUCCUCAAGUUUGACGACGUGGUCACCAACCUGGGCAACAGCUACGAUGCUGCCUCCGGCAAGUUCACCUGCGCCAUUCCAGGCACCUACUUCUUCACCUACCAUGUCCUCAUGCGCGGAGGUGAUGGGACCAGCAUGUGGGCCGACCUCUGCAAGAACGGCCAGGUGCGGGCCAGCGCCAUCGCGCAGGACGCUGACCAGAACUACGACUACGCCAGCAACAGCGUCAUCCUGCACCGGGAUGCGGGGGACGAGGUCUUCAUCAAGCUGGACGGGGGCAAAGCCCACGGCGGCAACAACAACAAGUACAGCACCUUCUCUGGCUUCAUCAUCUACUCGGACUGAGCCUGGACCCACAGCGUCGCCCUUUUUUCAUG